AUGGAGUCAUCAUGGCGCGCCCAAAACCCGAUACCUGCCGCACUGUUGCAACCUUCCAAAUGGCUCCCACUGUACGAGGAGUUCGUGACGAAGAAUGCUAGUUCUGUGGGCCAAGUGGAGUCCGCGUUGAGGUCUCUAACAUACAUCAUCCCAGGACGAUACCGAGAUUCGGAGAUAAGCUCAGAGUGCGUGCAUUCAGGGGUACAGCUUCUGUCUCUCUACCAUGACUCUUUGGUUUCGCGAGUCAUUUCUAGGCUACCUUCAACGAUCCCGCGGCCUACACCAUCACCUCAUGCGCGCUACACGAAGUAUUGGACCUCCCACUCUUCACUGUAUCAGAGGAUCGCCAUCGCACUACAGAUGAUUCAGUAUACGGAACUGCUGUGGGAGAUGGCGGCUCGGCGUCGUGGAGAGAAGGUGCGCUGGCGUGUCAUCGUCCUAAUCGAAGCCGCUAAGGCCAUCUGUCGCCUGUUGCUCCUUCGUCUCACCAACUCUAGACCAUUAGUCAGUCCUCCACUUCCUGAACGGGAAGUAGAUCCCAGAUCGCUGGAAGAGGAGGACAAUAGCGACUGGAAUGGCAUGCAGACACCUGUUAGCGAAAAGUCGUCGGAUUUGUGCUGGACCAUGCCUCGCACAGGCCUGUCGCUUCCUUCUCUGCCUAAUGUGGACGACCUUUCGAACUAUUUGAUAUCUAAAGUACUCACGGCCGACGAUAUCAAGCCACCGAAAACGCUGUUGCACCGAGUCACUGGCCAGGGCCAAUUCGCUGAGAUUCUAUACAUCCUCCGACCAGUAGUCUAUGCGCUCAUGCUGCAACGAUACUGCAAAGACAGGCGGAGUUGGAAACCCUGGCUCAUUGGGUUCGGCAUGGAGUAUGGCUGUCGACAACUAGCCAAAGCUGAUCUUCGCGAAAGAGUUGCAGGCGGCCUUCGGGGAUUGACCGGGCUGGAGCGGGAGGAACUGAAGAAGAGAGGUUGGGCGAUGGGUUGGUGGUUUAUGCGUGGGGCUUUCUAUGAAAACAUUACCAAGUCCUGGUUGAAAGGCCUGACCGGCAAGAUGAGGGGCAAACCUCUGCUUGAUUUGGUAGGCAGUGUCAUUGAUGAUUACGAGUAUCUUUGGGACAACUACUACUUUGCGACUACAACACUGUGA